AUUAUUUUGAAACCAGGGGAAAAAGAAAAAGUUAAAGAAAAACCGGAGGAGAUCCAAUUAAAGCCAGUGAAGAAGAUAGAAAAACCCGUAGAGCCGAAACCAGAGCAAAUUGUGUUGAAACCUGUUAGAAAACUUUCUAAAGAGGAAGAAACAGAGGAAGAAAUUAUUUUGAAACCAGUAGAACAGGAAAAAGUUGAAGAAAACCCAGAGGAAAUCCAAUUCAAGCCAGUGAAAAAGAUAGAAAAACCGGAAGAGAUCAGAUUGAAGCCAGUGAAACAGAUAGAAAAACCCGUAGAGCCGAAACCAGAGCAAAUUGUGUUGAAACCUCCAGUGAAGAAGAUAGAAAAACCCGAGGAGCCGAAACCAGAACAAAUUGUGUUGAAUCCUGUUAGAAAGCUUCCUAAAGAGGAAGAAAAAAAGGAAGAAAUUAUUUUGAAACCAGUGGAACAGAAAAAAGUUGAAGAAAACCCAGAGGAAAUCCGAUGGAAAAAGCUUCCUAAACAUGAAGAAACAAAAGAAGAAAUUACUUUGAAACAACCUGUUAGAAAACUUUCUAAAGAGGAAGAAACAAAGGAAGACAGUACUUUGAACCCAGUGGAAAAGGAAAAAGUUAAAGAAAAACCGGAGGAAAUCCGACUGAAGCCAGUGAAAAAGAUAGAAAAACCGGAAGAGAUCAGAUUGAAGCCAGUGAAACAGAUAGAAAAACCCGAAGAGCCGAAUCCAGAACAAAUUGUGUUGAAACCUGUUAGAAAACUUUCUAAAGAGGAAGAAACAAAUUAA